UACUACUGUCGUCUGCACCUGCACGUCGUCUGGUUUCUCGGAGGUUGAAGGUUACUUAAAUCGCCCGUCAAGGCUAUUUUGGCAUUAUCUACGUGUGUAUCUUUGUGUGCGAAAGAGAUAGUGUGUCGGGUUUUAGGUGUAGUUGCGUGGCCAUUCUUAUUCUUGCACUGUACUGGCGCAACAUCAACAUCAACCUCAAAUAUUUUAAGGAACCGUUGGUGAUACAGACUCACAAUGCCGCUAGAAGAUUAUAAAGGAAUUGUCGGAGCUACCGCAAGCAUUGUUACUGUAGGACAAUUCUUUUCUGGAGUAUUUGUCUGUAAAGAUAUAAUAAAGAAGGGCAACACAAGAAAUGUUCAACUUGAGCCAUUUGUCGGCGGUAUCGGCUUGUGCAUUUUAUUCUUUAAAUAUGCUGAUUUGAUCAAAGAUCCAGGAAUGUACCCUGUCAACUUCAUGGGUACUGUUCUGAACUUGGCUUAUUUGUCCUGCUACUACAUCUAUUCAGAAGACAAGGCUUCAGUUGUGAAGACAAUCGGCAAGGCUAUCAUUUUCUUUGGAUCCAUUUUGUUCUAUGUGCACAUGGAAGAUCCAGAAAAGGUGCUGUUUCGUUUCGGCAUUAUUACCACAGUUUUGAUGUUCCUUCUCAUUGCCUCACCUCUGUUUCAACUAGCUGAGGUGAUGCGGACUCAAAGCACUGAAUGCUUGCCCUUCCCCAUGAUAUUCAUGGGUACUAUUUCUGCAUUCAUGUGGUUAUUGUAUGGCAUAAUCCUGAGUGAUGCUUUCAUUCAGAUUCAAAAUCUUGUAGGCCUCUUGUUAUCUGUAACUCAGCUCUCACUAUUCAUAAUCUAUCCCAGUAAACCUGUGUCGGACAAGAAGAAAAGCAACUAGUAGUCCUAAGCUGUCAGUUGUGCGUUGGAAUUGUCUUGAACAAAAUGAAGACCCAUCAGCCAAGAUUCAAAGACAACAGAAAAAACAAAAUUAAUUAUGAUGUUAACUAGAAGCACUAUGCAAAGCAACAAAUAACUCUACAUAUGGUGAAGCUCAACUUCUGUCGAUUUGCUCAAUCCAACAGGUUCUUCAGUAUUUCAGGCCCUGGUUUCCUCUUUUUUUUUAUCAGGGUAAUUUUUAAUGUUAUUUUUGAAAUGGAUGCCACUCAUGUGCCAGUAUUUUUUUUUUUUUUAUGAUUAUAGAGGUGGAGAAUGCUUUUGAUUGAAUCAUCUGUGAUUAAUUGCUUAUGAGCGCUUAUAUGCUUCAGUUUAAUGAACAAAAUAUUUUUUUUAGAUAAAAUUUUGUACGCAAUGCUACAAAAAUUAAGAAUAUUCCCUAACUAAAGAUGUUUUUAAUUAAUUGGUAUGACUCCUUUUAGAACUAAUGAUACUUUCUUAGAUAUACUUAUACCACAUAUGUUUGUGAGAGAAAACUGUUUUCAGUUUUGUUGCUGAACUCUGAAGAAUUUUGUGAUUAUCUAGUACUUUUUCACCCUAGUUUGUUUGAAACCCUCUGUGUGAUAACCAUGAAUUCCUUUUUGUCCAUUCCCAGUAAUCAGUGAACUUUGAAAACAUUUUUUUUAUGUAUGUGUAAGUUCUGUUGUUUCAAGGCUUAUUUUGCAAAUUAAUGAACUAUUUUUGAGACCUUUGUAUUUUUUUUAGACAUAACGGUUGUUGUUGGUAGGUACUUAGUAAUUUUACACAAGCAAGACGAGGCUUAGGGAAGUCUUGAGUGCAUCUUGAAGGACUGUUGCCUUUCAUCAUUGUGCAACUUUGAGAGGGUUAAUAAACAUGACAAAUGAUAUGUAGACUAAGCAAGUAGUAGUUUACUUCCUUCACUCAAUUGGUUUGAUAUUAUAAAAAAAAUAACAACAAUAAAUUCUGCCUACCGUACAAA